AUGCCCGAGCCGCCUUCAACCUCGGUGGCGCCAUCAGCGCCAGGGUCAGCCGGAGUAGCCUCUGGCUCUCCUGUCGUAUCCGGAGACCAGCUCGCAGCAGCAGUAACGGCGUCAUCAACACCACGCACAUCCGCAGGAUCUCGAGACCAUAUGCCUAGUCUUCCUCGACACCUCGUCAGAGCAGAGUCACCCAUGACUGUCGCUGGGGGCCAAAUUUCCGCAACGAGCAGUUCCUCGCCUAGAUCUAGCACCAUGUCAUCCUUCGCCGGAGCCGCUGUACGUCGUGGAGGUGGAUGGAGGCAGAGCUGGAACACUACCGCAACGCAUUCCGCCGGAGAGAGAUCAAGAACACUCAGUGCAUCAUCCGCAGACCGAGAGUCUACACAAGCGGAAAGCAGAUACGAAGCGGCAAUGUCCGACACUGAUUCUAUCAACGGCGUCCAUCGUGACCACGUCACUUCAGGCACCCUGGGAGGCAAUUGUACCCCACAAAGAUCCACAUCCAUCGCGCUCAGCCGGCCAUCUCUCGAGAUGUUGGAUGCCGAUGAGGCCAAUCCGGUCGUGGAUGCUGCGCUUUCUUCGUGCAGCUCUGCAGAGAUACCGGGCCCAGACGACGAAGAGAUGAGCAUCUGGCAAUCCGCACCGCCACCUGCAGGUACACCUCCUGGCAUUGUGAGAGAUUUGCCUUCUUCAGGGGACGUUGCUAGCCCUCCAAUCAGCUCCGACCGGAGUGCGCCGCCUCCUUGGACCAGUGCGGGAGGCACCAUUGCUGGGAAUUACGACUGGGCUAAUUUCGUGUUCGCUUAUGCGCGGUAAGUUGCCAUUGGCGAUGGACGCACUUUGUCCACGCUCGACUGAUCAGCCUUGCUUUCGCGAUCGUAGUGGCCGCUUCGACCCCGUUCGUAGCCCUUGGCCCCCAUCGCGCUCUACAGCACAUCCAGGCGUGCAAGCGGAGAUUGUAGCUGAGGCGGCCGUGUCACCAAAGUCGGCCGCUUCGCCGGCCGUGGGACCUGAUGGGCUCGAGUUAAGACGACCUUCUCUGUCCUACUUGCCACCUCCUAUGGGCCAGCCACAUCCUUUGCAGCCUUCGCAAUCCUCGGUACCUUUUCAAGAAGGCAAAAGGAGAUCGUCAGGAGAUGCUAGCAGCAGCACAGACCCUUGGCCGGGUCGUGCGGUCUUUCAGUCCCGGACACCCCCUCCCAUGCGGCGGUCCGGGGGAUACCACCACGAUACCGCCUCGCGUAGGUCUGGUCCCGAUGUCAGCCACCAUGAACGUAGCGAUGCGAAUGUCGCAACAGGGCGCGAAGGCGCUCUCGAUUCCCUGCCGCUUUCCGAGCUGGCAUCAGCGAGUACCCCAAACAUGGCCAUAACACUGCCACUCUUGAGUGACUCGAAGUCGAGCUCGAUUUCCAAGUUCUCGUCUGACACUUCAAAAUCAGUGCCAACGAUGUAUGGAGAUCAGUUGCUACGACAGAGCCUUCCUAGAGUGGCAUCUGAUGGGGUGCGAACCCAAGAUGAUUCAGUAUGGCAUUGGCGCCUCUCUCAGGACGACAGCGUGGACAAUGAUCUGCUUCGCCAAGGAGUCCCUCGACAAAGCAGCGCGGGAGACAGCAGCAAUACCAAGCAAAGAGCGCGUACCUCUCAAGAGUCCGCUCACCUUUCCAUGGGAAACAUGAGCUCAAGGCUGCAAUCAGAGGGAGAGCCGAGCGCGUCCAACCAUACGUAUUCCUCCGCGCAAUCGAGUGGUCACUCGUCCAGCACCGACAUCGAUGCUACUCGUGGCCAGGCAAAGCUGCAAAGGAUCGCGGGCGGCCUGCUGAACGACGAAAGCGCUCGAGUCGAGGCCGCUGCGAAACAGUUGGCUUCGCAAUCCUCGACCGAGGUCAGACCCGGACCCAAGCCAGUCCAGCCUCUGCAGCUGGAUGGCUCGCAUGCAGAACCGACGACCUGGUCCUCUGCACCAGAGGGAUACCUUCACAGCUUCAACAAUACCCUGGCUUCACAUGGUGGAAAUCGAGCGGAUCAAGAUAUUUCGGUGCAAAGCGCUCGUCAUGACCAAGGGCCCCCACAUGGGCUGGAACAUGCCAUUGAAACAUCCACAGUGGCCGGAAUGAGGCGAGCAGCAAAACGCGCUACUUCGCGCCGCGACAGUCAUUCUGCAGGGAAGCGAAGGCAGGAGAAGCCUAACCACAGUCAAAGCUACCACGCAGGCGAGGCGCGCACGCGGAUAUUGGAUGUAGAGGAAGCGACGGUCACGGGCGAGACGCUGCCACAGGUCAACGCCGCACCUGAGAUGAGAUCGAAUUUCAGUCGAUCGAGGUCUGACAGCUUGAGAGCAUCGCCUCAAGGGGCCCGUCAACCGAGCGAAGCUGAUCGGUGGAAUGAAGCAGCCGCUGAAGCUUCGGCCUGCCCCAUGCCCGCAGCUCCAUGGGUCAGUGACUCCAAAGGCUCGGCCCCAAUGUCACGUCGAGCCUCUGAAGUGCGCCGAGCUUCAGAAGACUUUCAAGCAGCUGCGGCGAUCCUUGCUGAGCAGAAGAAUCCGCAAGGAAGUGGUGUUGCCCCGUACCUUCACGCGUACUACAACGUGGGUCGACGGGUAGAGGACUUCUAUAGAAUCAACGGUUAUUUGCCAGCGAUUAUGCCUCCAAACGAUGUGGACCGCCGAGGUGCUCUGCGGCGGUACGGUCCGCCAAAGGUGUCCAGCGACGCCAAUUUCGACCGAGUGGCACAUCUGGUCAAGCUGGUCUUCAACACCAAAUUGGUUCUCGUCUCGCUCGUGGGCGAGUCGACUCAGCAUUUUCGUACUCAGGCGGGAACCGCAGGCGCGUCCCGGUCUCCAGCGUGGCUUCAGAGGUGAGCACUUUUGUCCGCGACCUUCUUCCCCUUGACCAAGACUGACCGCAACCGCGUCCUCACCUGGACAGCAUUGCAUCAUCACGCAAUUGCUCCUUUUGCGCACAUGCCAUCUUGCAGGACAGUGACGAGCCCUUCGUGGUACUAGACGCUUUGAAAGAUUGGCGAUUUGCAGGGAACCCUCUGGUUGUUGGCGAACCAUACAUUCGCUUCUACGCAGGCAGCCCUUUGCGGACCGCAGACGGCUAUAAUCUUGGAAGCUUGUGCAUCAUUGACGACAAGCCAUGGACAGAGUUCAACCCGAGGCAAAGGCACACGUUGCGAGAGUUUGCAAGAGUCGUGAUGCGGGAAAUGGAAUUGUCUCGCGAUACAGUAAGUGCCACUGGCGAGGAACAGGGAGGUAGGACGCAGCUGACGCGAGAUCUUUGUGACAGAUCCAUCUGAGAAUACGUGAUCGGAUGCAGCACUCCAUCGAGACAUUCACCCGCGAGUGCCUGGAAAUGGAGUCGAACGAGUCGGCAAAUGGCGAGGAGAGUCCUGGCAUGCACCAAGUCUAUGCGUUCGCGGCUAAAGGCAUGCGCGAAGCCUUGCAAGCAUCAGGGGCAAUCGUAUUUGACUUGUCACACUUUGAGCUCGUGGAUGCGCCCGCCUUCGAAGGCGACGCACCGUCUUCAAAGAUCUUUUUCCCCUCGCCAUAUCAGAAUCCUGACGCGGCUCCUUACGCGAGCUUUGAUGAUCCGUCGACAAUCGAAGGUGUGCUCGAGACGGAUGGAGUGCCUUCUGCUGGAGGUGCAGACGAGCUGAAACAAAAGGCAGUCCCGCCGAUGGCUGUUCUUGGCUCGUCAGAAUCUUCACCGCCGCCUUCGCGACGUGACGCACCCGUGCCACUCGCUCACUACAUUAAAGUGGCGGAGUUCUUGCGUCAUCAUCGCACCGGCUGCUACUAUUCGUUCGCACCGGUACCCUUCAGGCAUCUACUUCCCGAGGGCAUGACAAAUCUCCUGCUCGUUCCGAUCUUCGGCCUGAACAAGCAACCUUUCGCAUUGCUCUGCGCAUACUCGAAGUCAACAGGCGAUGGACCACAACUGCAAGACAUCAAAGAGUCCGGCCUGCAGUAUCUUCGAGCCAUGGGUACAAUCAUUUUGAGUGCGAUACUCAAGAAGGAUAUCAUGUUGGCCGACAAGGCGAAGAGCAAUUUCAUCUCCAAGUGAGUCUUAGCGGGUCUCGCUCGGGCAGCUAAGCGCAAGCAACGCUCAUGCUGUCUUAUCCCUUUGCAAGCAUAUCACACGAGCUCCGGACUCCGCUGCACGGCAUUUUGGCUGCAGCCGAGCUCCUGGCAGAGACAAAGAUCAACGCUACUCAGGGCUCAUAUCUUGAGACCGUGGAGGCGUGUGGCAAAAGCUUGUUGGAGUUGGUCAAUCACGUGCUCGACUUCACAAAGCUCAGCGGCAACACCCACGCCAAACAGAGCUCUGCGAAGCCGACUCAACGCUGCGAUCUGGUCAAGCUGGUCCAGGAAGUCUGUGAAAGUAGCUGGAUCGGACAAAUGGCUCGAAAGCUCGAGAGCUCCCAAUCGUCGGGCAUCGGAAGCGCAUACGCACAGGGAUCUGGAGGCAGCUCAAACUCUGGCACUACACAGAGCCUGGGUCAUGGUCUGGCCCAUGCUGCUGUAGAGACUGUCAUCGACAUCACUUGUCGCCCCCAAGGCUGGCUCGUCAAGUGCGAUGCGGCUGGCAUUCGUCGCGUGCUGAUGAACCUGAUAGGAAAUUCGCUCAAGUUCACAUCGGAAGGCUUCGUCCACGUUUCCCUUCGAGAAGUGCAGAGCUCCGAAACCCAUGUGGUGGUGGAGCUCGGCGUGACGGACACGGGCAAGGGUAUCUCAAGAGCCUUCCUCGAAGAGCAGUUGUUCCAUCCUUUCACGCAAGAGAAUCACCUGGGACCUGGCACGGGUCUCGGUCUCUCCAUUGUCAACAGUAUUGUUCAAUCACCGUCGAUCAACGGCAAGAUCGAUGUCUGGAGCACGCAAGGACAAGGGACGGAAAUGCGGGUUACCUGCGAGCUGGAGAUUGCACACGCUGCGGAUGCCGAGGGUCUCAUAUACAGGCCAGCUCUCGAUGUUGGCAAAGAGACUUCGAUCUCGCUCCUUGGCUUUGACCGAGCUUCUAGAGGCCACAAUGACUUGUUAGAAGUCCUGCGAAGCUACACGGAAGAUUGGUGGAAGUUCAAGCUGGUGCCUACUGGAGGUGACAUUGUCAUUGUCAACGAGGAUUUCAGCAUCCUCGAGCAGCUCUCGCACAGGAAGUCUCCACAGAGUGGAUGGCUGCCCCCGGCCAUCUUGCUAACAAGUGUCAGAGGAGAUGCGGAGGCCACAGCUGCGUGCGAUCAGUACCACAAAGCUGGAGGAGUGGCUAGACUUCUCUUCAAGCCUGCGGGUCCCGCAAAGCUCGAGGCUCUGGUCGACUUCUCGCUGCAGUGCCUAGAAAGGGCGAGACGGGGAGAGCCGCUAUUACGUGACAGUGAAAAGCACGACAUGGUCUUGCCAUCCCCUGCCCAGUCGCCGCAUCGAAAGCCCGAGCUCGAGCGCGAGUCUUCCUACUUCAGCAACGCCACUGCGACGCCGAGGGGCGAGUCAUCGGGGCCCCAUCGCUCCACCGCCUCCCGAUCGGACGACCUUACACCAGGCGCUUACGAGAACCACAUGUCACCACUACCUCCCUUGGACAACGAAGCCAGCACGCUUUUGAGGCGCCAUUCUGAUCACGACCGGAUCCAAAAGGUGUCGCCCACAUCCGAGAAAGGCAGCAAUCCUCGCCCUUUGAUGCCACCCCGGAGCAUUACGUUCAAUGAGCCUAGGCUUCAAAGGCAUGUGCACAUGUCGCCACAUCACCCGCACAACGCGUCAAAGAGACGUGACAGCUCUGAAUCGUCAGAUUACUUUGGAGCGGGUGCGACGGCUGCAUCUGCUGCGUCCGAUCGGUCUUCUGCGGCAUCCCACCCAGCGACGUCCUCGCCGAGCUCGCCUGGCUCGGUCAUUUCGUUAGAAGGUGGUGAUGGAGCUGUGCUGAAGACCGCGCUCCACAGCGCCCGAAUUGUGCAGAAUAGCCACAUCCGCCGACGCAUGCGGGUGUUGACAAUCGAGGACAAUGCCAUCAACCGCAGAGUUCUCGCUGCGUUUCUAGGCAAGCUCGAUGUGGACUUCGUAGAAGCGUCAAAUGGAGAGGAAGGCGUGCGGGUGUUUGAGUCCUAUCCGCCUCAUCACUUUGAUGUCAUCCUAAUGGACCUGUCCAUGCCAGUGCUUGACGGGAUUGGAGCUACGACGCAAAUCCGCAAAAUCGAGAGCGAAAGAGCGCGGGCAGCACAGCAAGUGGGCGCAACGUCGGCACCAUCAGCGUGGCGCAGUCACGCGGGUCCCUCCGGCUCUAGGACGCCUGCUGGGACGCCGGGUGCGCUAAGGGCUGCUUCGCGAGCCAAGAUAUUUGCCAUUACGGGCCACUCCGGCGAAGACAACAAACGCAAGGCUUUCUCAUAUGGUUUUGAUGGCUUCAUUGUCAAGCCAAUGAGUCAGCGCAUGUGAGUAACGCUCGACAUCGAUAUGCGCCUCGAAAGAUCGUCCGGCGCGCGUCGCUUACACCGUGAUUUUCGUUCGCUUAGCCUGGCAUCGUUGCUGCGGAUGCUUUCGAACGAAUGA